AUGUUUGUGAUGUCCCGAUCAAACUCAAUGGAUUCGGCCAGCCCUAUGCAGGGAGCUGUUGUGGGCGCUGUACCUACCAGCGGGCGCACUUUUCCAGGAGUCUCCUCCGGCCGGCGUCGAUCGGUGUCAUCACUUCUCCAGAGAGGUCUUCCAGAUGGUGAUGGCUAUCAUGACAUGAUCCUUCCCUGCGGACUUUUCCAGGAGGAAGUCAUAGAGCUGAUGUACAGAGAUUUAAAUCCUGAGGACUACGACCUCUUGAACAAAUUGGAUGAACGCGUUUCAAAGAAGAAUACCAUGGGUAGAAACGCUGUGGAGCGAUUGCCCCGGCGACUCGCCAAAGAAUGUGAGUGUACACAGUCCGAGCCCAGAGGUCCAGAUGGUUCGGUGGUUUGCAAAAAACAGCCGAGGGGGGAUUCUCCGGGCUUGAUGUACAGUAAUUCAAAGUGGGGAUCCAAAAAAAAUGGAUAUGAGAUCUAUGAGUCAAAACAUGAUUUUAUCAUGUCAAAACCCAGGUUUCAUCUAAAAAAUAGAUGGGUUUGUGCAUGGUUAUUCCCCCCUACUGUAAAUAUGACAAUAAUAGGUUUUGACCCAUACCCAAAUGGGAGAUUUUGA